CGGGGCGGGACUGUGUGAUCGUGGUGUGGCACGAUAUGCGGGAGGCGAAGCGGAGGGAGGAGGAGCUGAGGCAAACCAAGGAGGCUGCAGAGGCGCAUCACUGCCCUCUGUGUCUCCCCCCCUCUCUGUUGUGUGUGUCCCCCCCCCACCCCCCCCUCUUGCCUGACUGUCACAUUGUGGCAGCGGGGCGGGACUGUGUGAUCGUGGUGUGGCACGAUAUGCGGGAGGCGAAGCGGAGGGAGGAGGAGCUGAGGCAAACCAAGGAGGCUGCAGAGGCGCAUCACUGCCCUCUGUGUCUCCCCCCCUCUCUGUUGUGUGUGUCCCCCCCCCCCCCCCUCUUGCCUGACUGUCACAUUGUGGCAGCGGGGCGGGACUGUGUGAUCGUGGUGUGGCACGAUAUGCGGGAGGCGAAGAGGAGGGAGGAGGAGCUGAGGCAAACCAAGGAGGCUGCAGAGGCGCAUCACUGCCCUCUGUGUCUCCCCCCCUCUCUGUUGUGUGUGUCCCCCCCCACCCCCCCCUCUUGCCUGACUGUGUACCUUCCCUUCCCCUGGCUGUGUGUGUCCUUCGCAUCCCUUUCCCCUUCCUCUUCAGCACAUUGUGGCAGCGGGGCGGGACUGUGUGAUCGUGGUGUGGCACGAUAUGCGGGAGGCGAAGAGGAGGGAGGAGGAGCUGAGGCAAACCAAGGAGGCUGCAGAGGCGCAUCACUGCCCUCUGUGUCUCCCCCCCUCUCUGUUCACAUUGUGGCAGCGGGGCGGGACUGUGUGAUCGUGGUGUGGCACGAUAUGCGGGAGGCGAAGCGGAGGGAGGAGGAGCUGAGGCAAACCAAGGAGGCUGCAGAGGCGCAUCACUGCCCUCUGUGUCUCCCCCCCUCUCUGUUGUGUGUGUCCCCCCCCACCCCCCCCUCUUGCCUGACUGUGUACCUUCCCUUCCCCUGGCUGUGUGUGUCCUUCGCAUCCCUUUCCCCUUCCUCUUCAGCACAUUGUGGCAGCGGGGCGGGACUGUGUGAUCGUGGUGUGGCACGAUAUGCGGGAGGCGAAGCGGAGGGAGGAGGAGCUGAGGCAAACCAAGGAGGCUGCAGAGGCGCAUCACUGCCCUCUGUGUCUCCCCCCCUCUCUGUUCACAUUGUGGCAGCGGGGCGGGACUGUGUGAUCGUGGUGUGGCACGAUAUGCGGGAGGCGAAGCGGAGGGAGGAGGAGCUGAGGCAAACCAAGGAGGCUGCAGAGGCGCAUCACUGCCCUCUGUGUCUCCCCCCCCUCUCUGUUCACAUUGUGGCAGCGGGGCGGGACUGUGUGAUCGUGGUGUGGCACGAUAUGCGGGAGGCGAAGCGGAGGGAGGAGGAGCUGAGGCAAACCAAGGAGGCUGCAGAGGCGCAUCACUGCCCUCUGUGUCUCCCCCCCUCUCUGUUGUGUGUGUCCCCCCCCCCCCCCCUCUUGCCUGACUGUCACAUUGUGGCAGCGGGGCGGGACUGUGUGAUCGUGGUGUGGCACGAUAUGCGGGAGGCGAAGCGGAGGGAGGAGGAGCUGAGGCAAACCAAGGAGGCUGCAGAGGCGCAUCACUGCCCUCUGUGUCUCCCCCCCUCUCUGUUGUGUGUGUCCCCCCCCACCCCCCCCCUCUUGCCUGACUGUCACAUUGUGGCAGCGGGGCGGGACUGUGUGAUCGUGGUGUGGCACGAUAUGCGGGAGGCGAAGCGGAGGGAGGAGGAGCUGAGGCAAACCAAGGAGGCUGCAGAGGCGCAUCACUGCCCUCUGUGUCUCCCCCCCUCUCUGUUGUGUGUGUCCCCCCCCCCCCCCCUCUUGCCUGACUGUCACAUUGUGGCAGCGGGGCGGGACUGUGUGAUCGUGGUGUGGCACGAUAUGCGGGAGGCGAAGAGGAGGGAGGAGGAGCUGAGGCAAACCAAGGAGGCUGCAGAGGCGCAUCACUGCCCUCUGUGUCUCCCCCCCUCUCUGUUGUGUGUGUCCCCCCCCCCCCCCCUCUUGCCUGACUGUCACAUUGUGGCAGCGGGGCGGGACUGUGUGAUCGUGGUGUGGCACGAUAUGCGGGAGGCGAAGCGGAGGGAGGAGGAGCUGAGGCAAACCAAGGAGGCUGCAGAGGCGCAUCACUGCCCUCUGUGUCUCCCCCCCUCUCUGUUGUGUGUGUCCCCCCCCACCCCCCCCUCUUGCCUGACUGUGUACCUUCCCUUCCCCUGGCUGUGUGUGUCCUUCGCAUCCCUUUCCCCUUCCUCUUCAGCACAUUGUGGCAGCGGGGCGGGACUGUGUGAUCGUGGUGUGGCACGAUAUGCGGGAGGCGAAGCGGAGGGAGGAGGAGCUGAGGCAAACCAAGGAGGCUGCAGAGGCGCAUCACUGCCCUCUGUGUCUCCCCCCCUCUCUGUUCACAUUGUGGCAGCGGGGCGGGACUGUGUGAUCGUGGUGUGGCACGAUAUGCGGGAGGCGAAGCGGAGGGAGGAGGAGCUGAGGCAAACCAAGGAGGCUGCAGAGGCGCAUCACUGCCCUCUGUGUCUCCCCCCCUCUCUGUUGUGUGUGUCCCCCCCCACCCCCCCCUCUUGCCUGACUGUGUACCUUCCCUUCCCCUGGCUGUGUGUGUCCUUCGCAUCCCUUUCCCCUUCCUCUUCAGCACAUUGUGGCAGCGGGGCGGGACUGUGUGAUCGUGGUGUGGCACGAUAUGCGGGAGGCGAAGCGGAGGGAGGAGGAGCUGAGGCAAACCAAGGAGGCUGCAGAGGCGCAUCACUGCCCUCUGUGUCUCCCCCCCUCUCUGUUCACAUUGUGGCAGCGGGGCGGGACUGUGUGAUCGUGGUGUGGCACGAUAUGCGGGAGGCGAAGCGGAGGGAGGAGGAGCUGAGGCAAACCAAGGAGGCUGCAGAGGCGCAUCACUGCCCUCUGUGUCUCCCCCCCUCUCUGUUGUGUGUGUCCCCCCCCACCCCCCCCUCUUGCCUGACUGUGUACCUUCCCUUCCCCUGGCUGUGUGUGUCCUUCGCAUCCCUUUCCCCUUCCUCUUCAGCACAUUGUGGCAGCGGGGCGGGACUGUGUGAUCGUGGUGUGGCACGAUAUGCGGGAGGCGAAGCGGAGGGAGGAGGAGCUGAGGCAAACCAAGGAGGCUGCAGAGGCGCAUCACUGCCCUCUGUGUCUCCCCCCCUCUCUGUUCACAUUGUGGCAGCGGGGCGGGACUGUGUGAUCGUGGUGUGGCACGAUAUGCGGGAGGCGAAGAGGAGGGAGGAGGAGCUGAGGCAAACCAAGGAGGCUGCAGAGGCGCAUCACUGCCCUCUGUGUCUCCCCCCCUCUCUGUUGUGUGUGUCCCCCCCCCCCCCCCUCUUGCCUGACUGUCACAUUGUGGCAGCGGGGCGGGACUGUGUGAUCGUGGUGUGGCACGAUAUGCGGGAGGCGAAGCGGAGGGAGGAGGAGCUGAGGCAAACCAAGGAGGCUGCAGAGGCGCAUCACUGCCCUCUGUGUCUCCCCCCCUCUCUGUUGUGUGUGUCCCCCCCCACCCCCCCCUCUUGCCUGACUGUGUACCUUCCCUUCCCCUGGCUGUGUGUGUCCUUCGCAUCCCUUUCCCCUUCCUCUUCAGCACAUUGUGGCAGCGGGGCGGGACUGUGUGAUCGUGGUGUGGCACGAUAUGCGGGAGGCGAAGAGGAGGGAGGAGGAGCUGAGGCAAACCAAGGAGGCUGCAGAGGCGCAUCACUGCCCUCUGUGUCUCCCCCCCUCUCUGUUCACAUUGUGGCAGCGGGGCGGGACUGUGUGAUCGUGGUGUGGCACGAUAUGCGGGAGGCGAAGAGGAGGGAGGAGGAGCUGAGGCAAACCAAGGAGGCUGCAGAGGCGCAUCACUGCCCUCUGUGUCUCCCCCCCUCUCUGUUGUGUGUGUCCCCCCCCCCCCCCCUCUUGCCUGACUGUCACAUUGUGGCAGCGGGGCGGGACUGUGUGAUCGUGGUGUGGCACGAUAUGCGGGAGGCGAAGCGGAGGGAGGAGGAGCUGAGGCAAACCAAGGAGGCUGCAGAGGCGCAUCACUGCCCUCUGUGUCUCCCCCCCUCUCUGUUGUGUGUGUCCCCCCCCACCCCCCCCUCUUGCCUGACUGUGUACCUUCCCUUCCCCUGGCUGUGUGUGUCCUUCGCAUCCCUUUCCCCUUCCUCUUCAGCACAUUGUGGCAGCGGGGCGGGACUGUGUGAUCGUGGUGUGGCACGAUAUGCGGGAGGCGAAGCGGAGGGAGGAGGAGCUGAGGCAAACCAAGGAGGCUGCAGAGGCGCAUCACUGCCCUCUGUGUCUCCCCCCCUCUCUGUUCACAUUGUGGCAGCGGGGCGGGACUGUGUGAUCGUGGUGUGGCACGAUAUGCGGGAGGCGAAGAGGAGGGAGGAGGAGCUGAGGCAAACCAAGGAGGCUGCAGAGGCGCAUCACUGCCCUCUGUGUCUCCCCCCCUCUCUGUUGUGUGUGUCCCCCCCCACCCCCCCCCUCUUGCCUGACUGUCACAUUGUGGCAGCGGGGCGGGACUGUGUGAUCGUGGUGUGGCACGAUAUGCGGGAGGCGAAGCGGAGGGAGGAGGAGCUGAGGCAAACCAAGGAGGCUGCAGAGGCGCAUCACUGCCCUCUGUGUCUCCCCCCCUCUCUGUUGUCGGGGCGGGACUGUGUGAUCGUGGUGUGGCACGAUAUGCGGGAGGCGAAGCGGAGGGAGGAGGAGCUGAGGCAAACCAAGGAGGCUGCAGAGGCGCAUCACUGCCCUCUGUGUCUCCCCCCCUCUCUGUUGUGUGUGUCCCCCCCCACCCCCCCCUCUUGCCUGACUGUGUACCUUCCCUUCCCCUGGCUGUGUGUGUCCUUCGCAUCCCUUUCCCCUUCCUCUUCAGCACAUUGUGGCAGCGGGGCGGGACUGUGUGAUCGUGGUGUGGCACGAUAUGCGGGAGGCGAAGAGGAGGGAGGAGGAGCUGAGGCAAACCAAGGAGGCUGCAGAGGCGCAUCACUGCCCUCUGUGUCUCCCCCCCUCUCUGUUCACAUUGUGGCAGCGGGGCGGGACUGUGUGAUCGUGGUGUGGCACGAUAUGCGGGAGGCGAAGCGGAGGGAGGAGGAGCUGAGGCAAACCAAGGAGGCUGCAGAGGCGCAUCACUGCCCUCUGUGUCUCCCCCCCUCUCUGUUGUGUGUGUCCCCCCCCACCCCCCCCUCUUGCCUGACUGUGUACCUUCCCUUCCCCUGGCUGUGUGUGUCCUUCGCAUCCCUUUCCCCUUCCUCUUCAGCACAUUGUGGCAGCGGGGCGGGACUGUGUGAUCGUGGUGUGGCACGAUAUGCGGGAGGCGAAGAGGAGGGAGGAGGAGCUGAGGCAAACCAAGGAGGCUGCAGAGGCGCAUCACUGCCCUCUGUGUCUCCCCCCCUCUCUGUUCACAUUGUGGCAGCGGGGCGGGACUGUGUGAUCGUGGUGUGGCACGAUAUGCGGGAGGCGAAGCGGAGGGAGGAGGAGCUGAGGCAAACCAAGGAGGCUGCAGAGGCGCAUCACUGCCCUCUGUGUCUCCCCCCCUCUCUGUUGUCGGGGCGGGACUGUGUGAUCGUGGUGUGGCACGAUAUGCGGGAGGCGAAGCGGAGGGAGGAGGAGCUGAGGCAAACCAAGGAGGCUGCAGAGGCGCAUCACUGCCCUCUGUGUCUCCCCCCCUCUCUGUUGUGUGUGUCCCCCCCCACCCCCCCCUCUUGCCUGACUGUGUACCUUCCCUUCCCCUGGCUGUGUGUGUCCUUCGCAUCCCUUUCCCCUUCCUCUUCAGCACAUUGUGGCAGCGGGGCGGGACUGUGUGAUCGUGGUGUGGCACGAUAUGCGGGAGGCGAAGAGGAGGGAGGAGGAGCUGAGGCAAACCAAGGAGGCUGCAGAGGCGCAUCACUGCCCUCUGUGUCUCCCCCCCUCUCUGUUCACAUUGUGGCAGCGGGGCGGGACUGUGUGAUCGUGGUGUGGCACGAUAUGCGGGAGGCGAAGCGGAGGGAGGAGGAGCUGAGGCAAACCAAGGAGGCUGCAGAGGCGCAUCACUGCCCUCUGUGUCUCCCCCCCUCUCUGUUGUGUGUGUCCCCCCCCACCCCCCCCCUCUUGCCUGACUGUCACAUUGUGGCAGCGGGGCGGGACUGUGUGAUCGUGGUGUGGCACGAUAUGCGGGAGGCGAAGCGGAGGGAGGAGGAGCUGAGGCAAACCAAGGAGGCUGCAGAGGCGCAUCACUGCCCUCUGUGUCUCCCCCCCUCUCUGUUGUGUGUGUCCCCCCCCACCCCCCCCUCUUGCCUGACUGUGUACCUUCCCUUCCCCUGGCUGUGUGUGUCCUUCGCAUCCCUUUCCCCUUCCUCUUCAGCACAUUGUGGCAGCGGGGCGGGACUGUGUGAUCGUGGUGUGGCACGAUAUGCGGGAGGCGAAGCGGAGGGAGGAGGAGCUGAGGCAAACCAAGGAGGCUGCAGAGGCGCAUCACUGCCCUCUGUGUCUCCCCCCCUCUCUGUUCACAUUGUGGCAGCGGGGCGGGACUGUGUGAUCGUGGUGUGGCACGAUAUGCGGGAGGCGAAGCGGAGGGAGGAGGAGCUGAGGCAAACCAAGGAGGCUGCAGAGGCGCAUCACUGCCCUCUGUGUCUCCCCCCCUCUCUGUUGUGUGUGUCCCCCCCCACCCCCCCCUCUUGCCUGACUGUGUACCUUCCCUUCCCCUGGCUGUGUGUGUCCUUCGCAUCCCUUUCCCCUUCCUCUUCAGCACAUUGUGGCAGCGGGGCGGGACUGUGUGAUCGUGGUGUGGCACGAUAUGCGGGAGGCGAAGCGGAGGGAGGAGGAGCUGAGGCAAACCAAGGAGGCUGCAGAGGCGCAUCACUGCCCUCUGUGUCUCCCCCCCUCUCUGUUCACAUUGUGGCAGCGGGGCGGGACUGUGUGAUCGUGGUGUGGCACGAUAUGCGGGAGGCGAAGAGGAGGGAGGAGGAGCUGAGGCAAACCAAGGAGGCUGCAGAGGCGCAUCACUGCCCUCUGUGUCUCCCCCCCUCUCUGUUGUGUGUGUCCCCCCCCACCCCCCCCUCUUGCCUGACUGUGUACCUUCCCUUCCCCUGGCUGUGUGUGUCCUUCGCAUCCCUUUCCCCUUCCUCUUCAGCACAUUGUGGCAGCGGGGCGGGACUGUGUGAUCGUGGUGUGGCACGAUAUGCGGGAGGCGAAGCGGAGGGAGGAGGAGCUGAGGCAAACCAAGGAGGCUGCAGAGGCGCAUCACUGCCCUCUGUGUCUCCCCCCCUCUCUGUUCACAUUGUGGCAGCGGGGCGGGACUGUGUGAUCGUGGUGUGGCACGAUAUGCGGGAGGCGAAGCGGAGGGAGGAGGAGCUGAGGCAAACCAAGGAGGCUGCAGAGGCGCAUCACUGCCCUCUGUGUCUCCCCCCCUCUCUGUUGUGUGUGUCCCCCCCCACCCCCCCCUCUUGCCUGACUGUGUACCUUCCCUUCCCCUGGCUGUGUGUGUCCUUCGCAUCCCUUUCCCCUUCCUCUUCAGCACAUUGUGGCAGCGGGGCGGGACUGUGUGAUCGUGGUGUGGCACGAUAUGCGGGAGGCGAAGAGGAGGGAGGAGGAGCUGAGGCAAACCAAGGAGGCUGCAGAGGCGCAUCACUGCCCUCUGUGUCUCCCCCCCUCUCUGUUCACAUUGUGGCAGCGGGGCGGGACUGUGUGAUCGUGGUGUGGCACGAUAUGCGGGAGGCGAAGAGGAGGGAGGAGGAGCUGAGGCAAACCAAGGAGGCUGCAGAGGCGCAUCACUGCCCUCUGUGUCUCCCCCCCUCUCUGUUGUCGGGGCGGGACUGUGUGAUCGUGGUGUGGCACGAUAUGCGGGAGGCGAAGAGGAGGGAGGAGGAGCUGAGGCAAACCAAGGAGGCUGCAGAGGCGCAUCACUGCCCUCUGUGUCUCCCCCCCUCUCUGUUGUGUGUGUCCCCCCCCACCCCCCCCUCUUGCCUGACUGUGUACCUUCCCUUCCCCUGGCUGUGUGUGUCCUUCGCAUCCCUUUCCCCUUCCUCUUCAGCACAUUGUGGCAGCGGGGCGGGACUGUGUGAUCGUGGUGUGGCACGAUAUGCGGGAGGCGAAGCGGAGGGAGGAGGAGCUGAGGCAAACCAAGGAGGCUGCAGAGGCGCAUCACUGCCCUCUGUGUCUCCCCCCCUCUCUGUUCACAUUGUGGCAGCGGGGCGGGACUGUGUGAUCGUGGUGUGGCACGAUAUGCGGGAGGCGAAGCGGAGGGAGGAGGAGCUGAGGCAAACCAAGGAGGCUGCAGAGGCGCAUCACUGCCCUCUGUGUCUCCCCCCCUCUCUGUUGUCGGGGCGGGACUGUGUGAUCGUGGUGUGGCACGAUAUGCGGGAGGCGAAGCGGAGGGAGGAGGAGCUGAGGCAGGCUAAAGAAGCAGCAGAGGCGGCCAGCCGCGCCAAGACACAGUUCCUGGCCAACAUGAGCCACGAGCUGCGCACUCCCAUGAAUGGCGUGUUGGGGGUGGUGGAGCUGUUGCUCGGCUCGGGCGUGAGCAGCGAGCAGAGGGCGCUGCUGCAGGUCGUGAGGGCAUCGGGCGAGAGCCUCGUGCGAAUCCUCUCCGACCUCCUUGAUAUCACGCGCAUCGAGUCCCACUCCCUCGCUCUCUCCCUCGCGCCCUUCUGCCUUCACUCGGCCAUUGACAGUACUCUCUCUCUCAUGAGAGUCGUUGCCAUGAAGAAAGGGCUGCAGCUGUCAGUCAGCAUCGAUCCAUGGGCGCCGCAGGAGGUGGUGGGCGAUGCAAUGCGGUUCCGUCAGGUGCUGCUCAACCUGCUUUCGAAUGCCAUCAAAUUCACCGAUAGAGGCUCUGUGGCAGUGCAUGUGACCAGGCUGCACAAACCCGCUCCCUCACAUGUCACCGGGGAGGCUAGUGGGGGUAGGCUCUGGGUUGGCCCGCCCUGGUCUGCCGAAUGUGUGCAUAGGGGUGGUGAUAACAGGCCUGUUCAUCAUAGGAGAGGGGAGUGUAGUGUGGAGGACACUAGGCAGGAUAGGGGAGCAGGAGGAAAUGGAGGAGCAGGAGGAGGAGAAGAAAUAGAAGUGGGAGCAGCAGCGGGAGGAGCAGGAGGAGGCAGUGGUGGAGGUGGGGUUGAAAUUUUCCAGGGAAAGAAGAGGCAGAGGGAGGGAGAGGGGCCGGGUGAGGAGGAGAGCAGUGGAGGGGUGAACAAGAAGGGAUGGUCUGAUUCUGCUCAAACGGCAAGAGUAGAGCAGGAGAGAAGUGGCUGGGUGGAGUUGGAGAGGACUGAAAGGGAGGAAGGAGGAUUGAAGGGAGGGAUGAGGGUGGAGCCGAGCGGAUGGCUAGAGCACUUGACCCACGUGGAGAUGAGUCAGGAGGGGCAGGACGGGCAGCAGGGGCAGCAGGGGCGGCAACAGGGGCAGCAGAAGCAGCAGGAGGGGCAGGAGAGGCAGCAGGCGGGGCAGCAGGGGGAGCAGGAGGGGCAGGAGGGGCAGCAGCAGGGGCAGCAGCAGGGCCAGCAGGGGGAGCAGGAGGGGCAGGAGGGGCAGCAGCAGGGGCAGCAGCAGGGGCAGCAGGGGGAGCAGUGGGUGGAGUGGGUGCAGGUGAGGGUGGAAGACACGGGCAUAGGCAUGCCACCCCACGUCAUACCCCACAUCUUCCACCCCUUCACUCAAGCCGACUCCUCCUCCUCACGCCGCUUCGGAGGCACCGGGCUGGGACUUGCCAUCUGUCACUCGCUCAUUGGCCUCAUGGGUGGGGAGGUCUCUGUGGAGAGUCGGCCCGGAGUUGGGUCGGCUUUCACCGUCUGCAUCCCGUUUGGGAAAGCUCGAGCGGAUGAGGCGGUGGUGGGUGGGAUGGAUAAGCCUUCCCAAAAUGCACCUACACGGGAGGCCAUCCAAGAACCGCAAACCACCUUCCCUGCUGCUACCUCCCUUGCUCCGUGUCCCCUUCCCAAUCCUGCACCUUCCGCUUCCCAUGUGCCCUCCUCUCCCUGUGCUGCUGCACUUCAGACUGCCCCUGAACUACCAGCUCCAAAAUUACCUGAACCAAAACCACCCGCCCCAGCACUACCUGUCUCUGAAGCAACCACCCCAGCACCACAUGCCCCUGAACCACCUACCUCAGAAGCACCUGCCCCAGGAUCAGAGAGUAACGCAUCAUUCCCCGUUCAGGCUGUAUCAGUACACCCUCCCCCAGUCCAACCUUCCCGUGCCUCAGAACCACCUAACGCAGAAGCUGAGAGUAACGCAUUGCUCCCUCUUCCUCCUCGUUCUCGAAUUGUAGCAGCAGAGGAGAGUGUGAGAUCUCAUGCUGGUGUGAUUAGGAGAGGAGGGGAGACACAUGAGGUGGACCGGGAGGUGAAGAGAGCCUGUGUCAGACAGCAGAGGGGUAAGCAGGGCAGUGGGCCAUAUGCAACUGAAGAACAAUCACCGGAUGAAGAAGCACAGGAGCAGAGAGAGCAGGGAGGGCAGGAAGGGCGGACAGAGCCGCAGGUGAAGGGGCAUGGUACAGAUGGUGAAGCAGAGGAGAAGAAGUCACCGUUUGAGGGGAUGAGGUGUCUGGUAGCGGAGGACAACAGAGUGAACCAGCUGGUGGUGACUCGCAUGCUGCACAGCCUGGGCGUGGCGUGUGACGUGGCCGUCAAUGGCCAGGAAGCUGUUGAUAAGUGUGCUCAGCGGGACUAUGACCUCGUUCUCAUGCUGGUGGUGACUCGCAUGCUGCACAGCCUGGGAGUGGCGUGUGACGUGGCUGUCAAUGGCUGGGAGGCCGUUGCCAAGUGUGCACAGCGGGACUACGACCUGGUGCUCAUGAGCGACUACGGGCCGAUUCUGGGCUGGGCGCAAGCGGAGGAGGCGUUAUCUAAGGCGGGUGUGACUCUACCAGAGGACAUGCUAGCGCAUGUGAAGGAGCACGGCAUUGCGCAGCUGCUGUUGCAGCGAUACAUCGACCUGCAGGUGCGCGGGGGCAUUCUCGCCGCCGCCACCCGCGCGUUCGCCGGGUUGCGCAACAGGCUGUUGGCGGAUCCCGCCUUCCUCUUCAAAGUGUUCACAGAGAUCGUUAUAGACUCUGGCUGUGCCACUUUUGCCGAAGUGCGGAAACGAGGAGACGACUUUUGGAAGGAGUUUGAUCUCUAUAUGUCAGAUAUCCUCGUGGGAUUCGCAGUAGACGCUGCUCUCGUCAGCAUGCUCGCCCCCAUGGCUAGGUUCAGCAGCAGCGCCGCAGCCUCGGCAGCCCGAGGCAGGCGAGGCUUGGUGCCGCCGGGCCUGGCUGCAGCUCUGGAGGCGCUCCCCAGCAGCAUGUUUGAGGCGGCGCUGCCUGGGAGGAGAUACAGUGUGGCGCAGAGGGGUGCGACGUGGUUGGUGAAGGGCGGGCAGUAUGCUGUGGUGGGGUUCAGCUGCGGUCUGAUUGGCCAGGCGAUGACAAUGGCUAUUGUACAACUCAAGAGGAAUUUGAGGAAGCCUGGGGAGCACGAGGAGGAGGAUAUCAAGAUCCCCGGCCUGCUUCCCACAGCCCUGCUCUGGGGUGGAUUCAUGGCAGUGUCAUCCAACACGCGCUAUCAGAUCAUCAACGGCUUGGAGCGAGUAGUCGAGUCGUCACCCCUUGCCCGCAGCAUGCCUCUGGGUGCGCGCAUCUUCACUGUUCUCAUCCGCUUCAGCAACAACAUCUUCGGCAGCAGCCAGUUCGUGGAAGUUGCACGGUGGAGCGGCGUGCAAUGA